ACGGCGCCACAGGAAGUACUUCGUUGAUCCGUUGUUGCAUUGUGGGUAGGCGGAAAAAGGCUCUAAAAGGUACGGCGGAGAUCCAAGCGCACGUUGCAGAGUCGUUGAAGAAGAAACAACAAAGAAAUCCGUAUUCAAGACAGAAUUAAGGAAGACAGAACAAACAUGUCCAUUGGUGUACCAAUCAAGGUUCUGCAUGAGGCAGAGGGACACAUUGUGACCUGUGAGACAAACACUGGAGAGGUGUACAGGGGAAAGCUGAUUGAGGCUGAGGACAAUAUGAACUGCCAGAUGUCCAAUAUAACAGUGACUUAUCGUGAUGGCCGGGUAGCACAGUUGGAGCAAGUCUACAUCAGAGGCAGCAAGAUCCGCUUCCUGAUCUUACCGGACAUGUUAAAGAAUGCUCCUAUGUUAAAGAGUAUGAAAAACAAGAACCAGGGAUCUGGUGCAGGAAGGGGAAAGGCAGCUAUUCUCAAAGCACAAGUGGCAGCGAGGGGUCGGGGUCGUGGUGGAAUGGGAAGAGGCAACAUCUUCCAGAAGAGGCGAUAACUGCUCCAGCGGUGUGAAGAUUGUUGCAUUGUAUAGUGUCCUUUUUGGGGGGGGGGGGUCUUAUCCGGUUUGAAUAUCUUGGGCAGUUUGCCAUCCUGUGUUUUGCAGCAUGUUGCUUUAAUUUCAUUUUUUAUGAAAAUAAACAUAUUUCACUUUUA